AUGGACGAUGACUCUGAUGAUGACUAUGAGGUAGCAGGUGUCGCGGCUAUUCUUUGGUAUUACCAAACCUACGUUGAGAGCCCCCACCUCAACCUAAGCACACCUCCGCGUUCACAGCUCUUUAUCUUCCUAUACAUUGUGUCCCAAAGCCAAAGCAAUAGGGAAUCGCAGGAUCAAUGGCAGCAUUCUGGAUCCACAAUUUUCAAAUACUUCGAGGCUGUAUUGGAGGCAAUAUAUAACCUGCGGCAUGAUUUCAUAACACCCCCGAAUUUUAACAUUAUUGAUCCAGUCAUUGCUGCGAAUGAAAGCAAGUAUUUGCCAUGGUUUAAGAAUUGUGUUGGAGCUCUCGACGGGACUCAUGUCCCUUGUGUUCCACCAUUAAGUAACCCCGAAGUAUGGAGGAAUAGGAAGGGUUUUUACUCCCAAAAUGUGUUAGGGGUAUGUUCAUUUGACAUGAAGUUUACCUACAUAUUAGCUGGAUGGGAGGGAUUGGCACAUGAUGCGCGCGUUCUUGCAUCCGUAGUGGGGAUACGAGAAAAAAAUUUCCCAACUCCACCGCCCGGUAAAUACUACCUUGUAGACUCUGGCUACGCGGCCAACGAUUGUUUCUUGGCGCCGUACCGGGGGAGCACAUAUCACCUUCAAGAGUAUAGGGCAAGAUGUGGGCGUCCUCGAACUCAGCGUGAGUUGUUCAAUUACACGCAUUCGUCCCUAAGAAAUGGUAUUGAGCGCACUUUUGGUGUUUGGAAAGUAAGGUUCCGCAUACUCAAGUGCAUAAAUAAUUACCCAAUAGAGAAACAGAUACAAAUUCCUAUUGCUUGUGCUGUGCUUCACAAUUUCAUACAUAUGUACAACAAUAACGAUGAGCUACUGAACCAGUACACACGAGACGGAGUUCCAGUUUUUGAAAUUGAUCCAGAGAAUGCAGAUCAGGAUGUUAAUCAGAAUCACAAUCCUGAUCGCGGAACGGAACAAAAUCAGAACUCCGCAAAUCGUAGACAAAUGAAUAUUUUGAGGGACGAGAUGGCAGCUAGCAUGUGGGCGGCAUUGGAAGCAUAUCGCAAUCGGUAG